AGUUUACCGCGCAGGUACACACCGACCGAUCAUUACAACGUGUGACUUCAAUCAGUGAGCAACGCGCGCGCGUGUUUAUUCUAGAAGCUCGGCCGCUCGAAGAUGCCGCACCAGAUCACCUCCCCGGUUCUACCCUUCAUGCGUAGACUCCCCAGCGAGAUGCAACCUGGAUGUCGCAUCAGGAUACGAGGAUUGGUAAGCAGACCCGCUGGAGACUGCCGGAUUCAUCUUCAAAGCGGAGACCGUUUCGAUCCGAUGGAUGAUGUGCCAUUACAUUUGAACCUUCUUCCGGCCACGAGGGAAGUUCUCCGGAACAGUUACGCCGCUGGCCAAUGGGGACAAGAAGAACGUGCCGCAAACAGUCCGAUAAAUUUCGAUGAAGACUUCGACCUCGUUAUCGGAGCCGACUCGGGAGGAUACACCAUCGAGAUCAACAGCCACCAGUUUACCAGUUUCAACCACCGACUUCCAGUGCAGACAGUGCGAUUCUUGUUCAUAACGGGUGGAUGUGUAAUACGAGCUGUAAUGUUCGAGAAUUGGAACACCAUUGCGGCGGCGGAGGCUGCGCCACCGUUGAUUAAUGUGCAUCCGAGUGCCCCCGUUCUCAACCCAGCACCUUCGUCACCGCCGAUUCCGGUGCCAUUCCAAAUACCAUCGUGGCCUCAUGGCAAUUUUCAGCACUUCGGAAUGCCAGCGGCGGCUCCAAUGUACCACCAUCAACCUCACGCGCAACAUCCUGUCUUCAAUCCUGCCAUGUUACUGCAGCAUCCGUUGAUUAUGACCUUUCCGAAUGAAAUGCAGAAGAAUUUGGAAAAUGGCCCAAGUGUGCAAUACAAGCUGAUGGUAACGGUUUUAUGGAAAAUUUGCUGCAUACUCUUCAAAGUUCUGAAGUUCAUCCUUGUUGCGGUACUGGGCGGUAUCGGUAUGUAUAUAGUGUCGAAAAGACUUCGCCUGUAGUUGAUGAAAAGACACCCGAUUCUACCUAAGGCAGGCAGAAUCUACAGUUUUUGUGAUCAUCAGCACCAGCUACGAGGCCAUACCAAUCAUUUUCUACGUAUGUACCAUAAAUAAAUCAAUUUUAAUUAAUCCUUUACCAAGUACAUCUGCUAUGCUCACCGCUUCGAUAUGAAGUUUUCGCCGUUUAUUACCAACGCAGAAUAUCCAAUUUCUUUAAUAUUCAGUCGG